AUGGCUGAGCCGCAGCUGGCUCUGCUCCCGCCCGUGGAUUCCGCGGUGGUGGCCCCCAAGCUCCCGGGAAGGUACAAUUCCGAAGUCAUGGGCCACCAGUCCCAACUGGAACACUUGAAGAGCCCUUUUCAUCACAAACUCCUACAUGACAAAGAGGAAAGUUUAAAGGAUCUCUAUACCCCCCAAAGCCGACGCUAUUCGUAUUCUCUGUCUGCAGAAAACGAUCCACACAUCUCCAGACAGGGAGACUUCUCUUCAGCUGGACUCCACAGCAAAUACCUUACCAGCCAGGCCAAGACUCUGCCCUCUAAAUCAGUAGCCAGGCGGAGGGAAGGGGUGGACCGUUCGUAUCCCCUGAAACCAAUCUUUCACCGCAAGGCUGGGAGCGUCCCUGUGGUCAACACAGGACAGCUCGGGAGCCCCCCAUACAUGGAGGAGUCUCCAAGUAGUCAUUCUAGCUCAAAGAGCAAAGGGAAGCUGCCAGCAGGGAGGUCUCAGCUAGCAGUCCUGUCUCCUUGGGCAGUAGAAGCGAAGCAGUCAGUGUCUCCCCUAUAUAGGAGAGAGCUGGCCUACAUCCUGAGGCUGGAGGCAGAUGGACAGAAUCUGGAAGAGGAGAUCCGAAAGAAAGAGGCCAUCCUCAAAGAGAAGCUGCGGAGGACAAAGGAGGAGCUUAGGAGGAUUCAAAGAGAGAAGGAGCUAGUGGAGGCAGAGGAGAGGAGAGCCAGGGAAGCAGAGAGGACCCCGGAGAGGACCAGGCACUCUGAAGAGACCAUUUUCAGACUUGCAGUCAGGCCUGGUGAUGGGGACUUUGGUAGGGCGCAAUCUCCAGAGGUCACUAGGCUCAAGCUGGGCACCAGCCUCCAUCCCCAGGAGCUAGCUAUGGGGAGGCUCAGGAAGGAGCGUUUGGUGGCCAGCAACAGCAAGAUACGAGAGCGCAAACCUGCGGAGGAUUUAGGCUCUUGCUCAGAGCCAGUCUCAAAACAUAGCCCUUCGGCCUCUACCCUUUCUGAUCAAGAAUCUGGUGACCACCCAGCUACAGAGGUGUUAUACACGCAGGCUACCAGUGCUGUGGAGCAGGAGGAACUAGGACAGUGCAGCUUCUGUGGCCGCAAGUUUCUCUGCACCAGGCUUGAGAAGCACGCAAAUAUCUGCAGCAAGAGCCAAGGCUCCAAGAGGAAGGUGUUUGACUCCAGCAAAGCCAGAGCCAGGGGCACAGAGCUGGAACAGUAUCGGCAGUGGAAGAGCUCGGAGAGCCCUCAGGAUGAGCCCCCCAGAAAGAGCAACUGGAGGCAGAAGCACGAGUCGUUCAUCCAGACGCUGCGCCAGGCCCGCCAGGUGCAGCACGUGCUCUCCAAGGGAGGGAAGGUGUCCGAGCUGCCCCCGCUGCCUCCCGUGGAGAACCCAGACUACGUUGCUUGUCCCUACUGCAGCCGACGCUUUGCCCCCAAGGUGGCCGAGAGACACGUUCCCAAGUGCAAAACCAUCAAGAACAGGCCCCCGCCGCCGCCGCAGAGGAGGCGCUGCUGA